AUGGGUGGGCUGGUAAAAACUUUGCACUGUACGAAAAAUGUAGAAGAUCAUUUCGCCAAACAAUGCUCUCAAAGCUCAUUUUGGUUGAAUGACAGCGUGGAUACUUCAAGUCUGUAUGGAGUAAACAUCGAAAGAAUCUCGGCUUUACAUUCUUAUACAUUGUGUCAGAUCUCUGUCAAUAGUCUCCAAAACCAAUGUACAUUUGAUAACUCCGAUGAAGAUGAAUCGGGAAAUCCAUCAUCCAGAUUGUUAUCUUCGGAAUUUUCGCCUCGAGAGAAAAUCGAUGUGCGUUCUUGUGUCCAGUUCUUAAUGGAACUGUUUGAGCAAUGGGUGUCGCCCUACACGCAGCCGAAAACGCCUCUGAUGUUGCUUACAGAAUCUGUUAAAUCCUUGCUCAUCAUUUCGGAUCUUUUCGUCGACACGGCGCAGUAUGAAUGGUUACUGAGCGAACUCCUCGAACUUUAUCAAAAUUAUCCCGCUGAAGAUGAAAUAAUGAUGGAGUUGCUGCAUUAUUCGGAGCUCUCUAUCUUCGAGUCUCACAUCGUUUCGGUCGUAAAUCUUGUCAUACCGCUGGUCACAGAUUACGUUAUGAAAGUCUUGGCUCAAGUGAACGAUUGUAGCGUUUUCGGCGAACAUCGUUUGCUCGUGUUACUAUCUGCGUCUUUUUACCUUCUGGAGCACUAUGGCGGUGAGAUCAAUAAUGUCGAAUUCAAGAAAAACUUCAUCACGACCAUUUUAACAUUGGCGUCGUCUGGAGAGGAUAACGUUCCUUUGCAUCUUUACCAUGCAAUAAUACGUGGCUUUGAAAGAUUGGUCGUCUCUUUCUCGUUAUCAAGAGAAGACAGCGAUGCUUUGGUUAAGUUUAGUAUCGAAAGGUUGGCCAUACGAAAUCCACAGAAAGCGAUAUCUGCUCUCGGUCUUUUGCUGACGUGCAUGUACACGGGAAAGGAAGGCGAUCGUCCCAGCGGUUUAUUCCAAGACAACGAAGAUGUCGACUCACCGAAUGACGAUGUUCUUUUAUUGGCUUUAGAAAGAACGACAGCGCUCUUCGACCGAAUCCGUAAAGGUUUUCGUUCCGAGGCGAGGUUGGUAUCGGAGAUUCUACCAAUUGUACUCUGUGAUUUCUUUCCUCCGGACGAGGUUAUGAAUAAAGUGAUUGGGGAAUUCGUUUCCAGUCAACAACCACAUCCAGAACUCAUGGCUUCUGUUUUGUUUAAGGUGUGUGAGAAUUUGAUUAGCAAAGAUCAACAAACAUCAGUAAAAGAUUGGAUCUUACUGUCACUUGGUAGCUUUACACAGAGGCCGCCGCUC